GGUUUGACAGGUGUGGUGCAAGACGAACAAAAAACAGAAACAGACCGAGACAAGGAGGAAAGAAGGACAGAUGAAACACUGGAAUCUAAAAAGACUACAGGUGGAGUGCAGAUAAAGUUGUGGUUGUAAAUUCAGCACGGACCAUGACCACCGCUAAAGGAAAAGUCAAAGAUAAUGAAAUAACAACGGCCGAGGCUCCAAAGAUAGAACUCUUUGUUAAGGCGAGCAGUGAUGCUGAGAGUGUGGGGAACUGUCCCUUCUGCCAAAGACUCUUCAUGAUUCUUUGGCUAAAAGGGGUCAUCUUUACCCUCACCACUGUGGACAUGAAGAGGGCACCAGAUGUAUUGAAAGCUUUGGCACCAGGAUCUCAACCUCCUUUCCUCAUCUACAACAAUGAGGUCAAAACCGACACAAAUAAGAUUGAGGAGUUCUUGGAGGAGACCUUAGCUCCACCAGAAUAUCCAAAACUGUGCUGCCGAUACAAAGAAUCCAACGCUGCUGGAGAAGACAUCUUCCUUAAAUUCUCAGCAUAUAUAAAGAAUCCCAACCCUGGACUAAAUAACAGCCUAGAGAAGAAAUUUCUAAAAACCCUGCUCAAGCUCAACAACUACCUAGAAACACCUCUUCCUGAUGAGCUGGACAAAAAUCCAAAUAUUACUGAGUCUAAACGUCUCUACUUGGAUGGUGAUGAACUCACCUUGGCGGAUUGUAACCUGCUUCCCAAACUCAACAUUGUCAAGGUUGUUUGCAAGGAAUACCGAGACUUUUCCAUCCCAUCAGAGCUGAAAAGUCUGAAACGGUACCUGGAUAACGCCUACAAACAAGAUCAGUUUCGCUACACCUGCCCCAAUGAUGAUGAAAUCCUCUUCGCCUACAAAUCUGUGGCCAAAUACCUGAACACCAAAUGAAUGAAGAAGGAAAAAUGAAUGGAACCAAAAAAAAAAAAAAAAAAAAGAGAGAAAAUGCCUGAAAACUUUGCAUGACUUUUUCUGUAUUUGUGUUAAUGUGUGAUUGUUCAUAGAAGAUAU